UCAUCACCUGCAUUCUGCAUAUAUAUAAAAAAAAGGGGUAACCCACGCGUGCGUGUAGGCCACGCGUGGGCAUCGAUACAAAUUUGGUUCUCCCAUCCAACGAACAGAAAGUUGUGAUGGAAUCGUGCGGCUAGUGUGCUAGAGGAACAACUCGAGCCACGUGUACGCGUCAAUUUUAUUUUUUGGCAUACCACGCGUAGGCGUGCGCGACGCGCACGCGUCGCAUGAAAACCUUGCCCCCUUUAAUCUAAACAGAGGGUUGCGUAAAAAUGACAUUGAAAUUGUGCGUUUAGCACAAUUUUGGCUGACGCGUACGCAUGCUUCACGUGUACGCGUCAUCUUCAUUUAUCCCCCUUCACGCGUUUGCGUCUAUGACGCGUAUGCAUCGAUGCAUUUUUGCCUCAUCCACGCUCAGGCGUGACCCACGUGUAUGCGUGGUUUUGAUUUCAUUAACCCCUGACGUGAGAACCCUAACCCAUUCGCGUUGCCCAACCCCUUCUCCAUCAACGUUCCAAUUGCUCCUCUUCCCUCCAUUGCUUCCUUCCCACUCACCACCAUCAACGUUGCACCACCGCUCCAUUCCGGCAACCCUGAGCCGCCGUUUACCCCCUCCCUCUCCCUCCUUUCUUUUUCUUCUUCUUCUUUCUUCUUCUCUUCUCUUCCUUCCUGCCUUCACCAAGCACUACCACAGACACCACUGUGCCGCCGUGCGGCCGCCACCUCCGAGCUAGCAUUACUUUGCUCCACACCUCAAUUCACUUCUUCCACUGUUACUGCACCAUCCAGGCCCCCCUGUCAUCCCCUGCUUGCUUUAUCAUUCUGUUUAGAUCAUUUGUUAGCUUUGUUUAAUUUUUGCUUGGUUUAAUUAGAUUCGAAAUGCAUGUUAUUAGUUGAUUCUAGGUGGUUAGGUAGCUAGGAUGUGGUUAGUGGAUUUAGGUUUGAUAAGUGCUCUAUUCCUGUUGUCUGAAUUGUAUGAUUUUAAAAUAGCUUUGCUGUUGAUGUUACUGGUAUGCUGUUUGAUUGCUGUUUGAUGUUGUUUUACUUAAUGCUAUAAUUUCACACGAGCUGCAACUGUUACUACUGAUUGAAAUUAUUGUUCUUGUCUGAGUUCAUAUGACAUGACGAGUGCUGCUCUUUUCUGAACUGCUUUGGAUCCAUAUGAACUGAGUUUUUGCUGCUUGUUUUAAUUCGGAAAUGCCCAAUUUAUUGUCGGGAUGCUGCCGAAAUUGUGCAUUGAAUUUGGUACUAUUUUUACCUUGGUACACUUUAUUUUGGCCGAGUUCAAUUCAUAAUUCAUUCGGUCAGCAUCUCCGGCUUUAUUUUGGCUCCCCCUCAUGUGCAUUUGUCAUUGAUGGAAUCAAAGAACUAAUUGACGAAAUUCUGUGUCAAUUAGAACCUUGUUGACCAAUUUUUGCUGCAUUAGUGCCAUGGUUCAGCCAUUAAUUUGUUCAUUGCUUAUUCUUUGUGAAUUUAUAUAUGGUUUUGGUGCUUUUAAUUGUUAAUAAAUUCAUAGGAUAUCCAAAUUGAUUACUUGACUUUAGGAAAUAGCCAGCUGUUUUGUUUUGCUUAAUGGUGCCUGAGUCAUAUGAAUUUUCUUGUUCUUCAUACUACUUGACAAAUAUUGAACUUCAUAUGAGUUUGACUUGAAUUGUUGCUUUGCUGUUGCUUAUUUACCUUGAAAUGCAUUGUUGAUGAUUUUAUUCUUCUUGAUGCUUCUUUCAUUACAUGUUUUAUCAUCAAGGAUUUGCAUUGUAUGCUUGAAGGUGAGCUUGCUUGUUCUUCCAUCUUUUGAACUUCUUUUAGUUAGGAACUACAUUACCAUGCCACUAAUUCUAACCCAUUUUUAUAACUCUUGACUUCAUUGACUUUCUAACUUUUCUUUUAGUUUUAAACUAACCCUUUUAGGUUCCUUUUAAGGCAUGAUAAUUAUUGUUGCUUAACAAACAAGCUUCUCACUACUAUUGCAGAAAUUCUUGGUUUUUGUUCUGAUUGUUGUCUGAAUUAUGUUUUCUUGCAUGCCAAGAGUUCAUUUCUUAAAGUCAACUCAUGAGUGUGUCUCAAUCUCCUUUUGUUUCUGGCUUCCUGUCUGCUUGCUUCUUACAUGCUUUUCCUUCCUCUACUUUAUUUGUUAAUCUGUAUCCUAGGAUUUCUAUUUUUCAGGAUGUCUAAUCCGAAAAGAAAUGGCUGGCUAAGGCCAGUUCCAGUAAGAAGAAGCGAGGACAGUCAUCUGUUGCUCUAGCGGAUAUCCUCUUGGAUGAAUCUUGGCGCGAAAAGAACUUUACUAAUAAAGAAAAAGCUGAUCAACUGGCGCCUGCGAAUGACCCAGUCAAAUUUUCCAACCUUUACUGUGAACUCAAGUUUCUAGUCUUUCGAGACACAUGGCACCUCUAUUUGGAAAGGACGCUCAAAAUACCAACCGAAUUAAAGAAGUACACUGAAGAGCAGAUCAAACAGAGAAAUGCAGCUUAGAGGAAAGCAGAUUUUAGUCACUGAGGAGGCGAUAGAGGAUAUCAUCCACUUCCAGCCUAAAAUAGAUGAUACAGAUGGUUAUCAGAAGGCCGAUGAGUCUAUUCGAUUCAUGAGUUUUGACUUGGAUGCUGUCAGGCAUACCGUAGCCAUUGAUCCUAAUGUUCCAUGGGCUUUGAGAAAGUUAAAGAUCACUCCACAAGGUAUCAAGAUUAUCUAUCUCAAUGAUAAGGCUAGACUGUGGCAACAGAUACUGAGUAAUUAUGUGAUGCCUAGUACUCAUGAGUCAGAAGUGCCAGCUACCAUGAUCAUCCUUAUUUGGUGCGUCAUGGAAGGAAAAGACCUAUACCUUCCACGGUUCAUCAAAAAGUACAUGUCUAGAGUUCAUGUCAGAGGCACCCUGCCUUUUCCUUAUUUGAUCACCCAGAUGGCUCGUCGAGCUGAGGUGCCUUGGGAGCCAGAGGAUGAGAGACCACCGAUUGCCGACUGCAAGAAGAUUAUUCCGCACGACAAGCGGUUUGGACCUCUAGGCCACAAACCACCUACUAUCACUACCUCUACUGAUGCAGCCACAUCCUCAGCAGCACCUGCAGCACCACCUGCUUCUGCAGCACCGUCAUCUGCCUCUCAGCCAGUCUACCAUCUUGUACACCGCCUUUUUGAGCACCUUGAUCAGAUGGAGCACCGCAAUCAGCGGCAUUAUGAGUAGUUGGAGCGUUGCAACAAGCGACGCUAUUCACAUCUGAAGCUGAUUGUGACGUCGGGGCGUACUGACAUCCCCUCUGAGCCUGACAUACCCUCGGAGCAUUCUGAGGAGGAGAAGGAUGAGCAGGAGGAGAGCCAGCAGCAAGCACAGCACGCGGAGACUCAGCCUGAGCAGCCUACAGAGCCACCGGCACCUAUACAGCCACCACCGACAGAGCCAGCAGCACACCCUUCAGCAGGCAAUGAUCCUUCUCACCCAGCUUGACUGAGAGCAUCGAGAACGAUGCUAUGCUUUAAGUGUGGGGAGGUCACCGUCUCUGGCAGAUUAUAUUUUGGUGAACCAUUUCAGACUUUUAUCCUAUUUUGCUUUAUUUUGUAUUUUGCUUUAUUUUAUUUUAUUUUUCUUUUAGUACUUGCACAUUUUUGCUUUAUUGUACUUCUGUUUAUCUUUACUUUGUUGCAUUUUGCACUUUGGGCAUGUAUAUAUCUUAGAUAUUUAGCUUGAAUUGCACUUUUAGUUUAUUAGUUGUGAUGUGAAAAAACAUAGAUUAUUGAGCUUAGUUUACCCUUUUGCAUAUGAGAAUUUGUUUUGAUUGAAAAUAGGGAGUAAACUAACAACUUUUAGCUUUUCAUAAUCACAACAUCUCAUUUAGUAUAUAUAUACAUAUAAUAAUAAGUGUUGGUCAAUUGAUGAAAUUUUCAGGGAAUGUAUCUUUUUCUUAGAAAAGGCAUUUAAGAGUCACAUUGAUUUGAGUUGAAACUUUUUGUAACUUGCACGAUAUAUAUACAUAAUUGGAAUAUGGUUUUGAGCUAAGAACACACAACCUGUGAGUUUUUGAGCUUAAUUAUAUAGUUACAUUAUUUAA